AUGCCCAAGUUAGAGGAGCUUAACGAUUACGAUGAUAUUGAUAAUCUAGAGAUGGAUUUAGCUGAGCUUGAUCCAUCUUUAAAGACACCAAUUGCCCCCAAGAUUACGCCGACAGUAGUUAGAAGUCAGGACCAAGAGGUUAAGUCUGAACAAGUUAGUAAUGAUCCCAACCAGGUGACGUUUAUCAACCCACAGACUGGUAAAGUGGAAAGCAGUGCAAAGAUGAGUCGGAAAGAAAUGGAUGAAAUCAAAAAUUUCCAAAUAUUGUACCCAUGCUAUUUCGAUAAAAGAAGAUCUCAUGCUGAAGGUAGACGUGUACCAUUAAAAUUGGCAGUAGAAAAUCCCUUGGCAAAGACUGUUGCAGAUGCAGUCCGUAGUCUGGGGCUUUUAUGUAUAUUUGAAGGUGAUAAAACUCAUCCACAAGAUUUUGGUAAUCCAGGUAGGGUUCGUGUACUAUUUAAAGAGGACGGACAAUUAGUUGCUACUGCUAAGAGGUUCGCCGGUGGUAAGAAACAACUAAUUAAUGCAAUUGGUGAAUAUAUGGUUUCGCACCCUACUACAAUUGCUUCCCUAAGAGAGAUUCCAUACGGACCUGAUUUUGACGGUAUAGAAUUUAAAAAGGUACCAAAUGUCAAGGGUUUCAAGAUGAACGAUAUCGUACCGUUACACAGUGAAUAUUUGAUGGCUCACCCAAUGACGAAGUCUAUUUACGAUCCUGUAAAGCAACCAGCACCUGAAAAACAAUUCAAAAUGCCCAAGAAUAAAGUCAAGGUAUUGAGAAGGUAG